GUGUUAACAAUCGUCGUGCUCGUUAUUUGCGGGUAAAUACCAAGCAACCAAUCAACAAAACAGAUAAAGCAAAAGAGUAAUAACAUUUUUCGCAAAAACGAUUAAUCGCUUAUUAAGUGGUAACGGCUUCGAUAAGGCCACUCUUUUCAAAAUGCAUGUCACGUUGGACGACUUGUGCGAUACUUGUGGAGCUAUCGAUAACGCUUCACAUGCAAUCCUCAGCUGUUAAAAAUACGAUAUUGUACGCCAACGUUACCCAACACUAGGGAAACACAACAACAUUCACGCUCUCUUGAAGGAAGGAAAUGUCGAGCACAUUAAAACCAUUAUAGACUUCAUAAAAGAAACAAAUUUGGACCUCUGAUUGAGUACUUCAAUCAAUUUUUCGUGGCGUUUUUCACCUUAUAAAGGCAUCGACCAGUUCUCGGUCGGGUGCUUAGGGAGCGGCCAAAUAAUUCUCCCCUGCCCAUGGGUCGGGUGGUAACUUAAAACUCAAAAAAACAUUUUUCGCAAGAACCGAAAUUUUUUUUUUUUAUUUUUUAUUUUCAGUGUACAUGUGCAUGUAAGAGAAGGAGAGAAAGAGAGAUAACCGGUAAGAGAGACGCUAGCAGCACCAACAACAAACGGGUCACUUUUGUUUUGCGCCUUAAGCCAGCCGCGACAGCAACAGAGAAAAAAGCCGCAGCAGCAGAGCAUCGCGUCUUCGGCUACUUAAUAUUGUCAGAGCAACAGCUGAGCGUAGCCCAACUCCGCUUAGAGCAAACAAUCUACGAGAGAGCGAGAAAGAACUUACGUUUGUUGUUCUUUUUCCUACGAAUAUUCAUUCUUUUUUUACUGCAUUUUGCCGUAUUAAACACAUUAUAAAAGCUGAGUCGACAUUUUUUAUUAUUAAACAUUGAAAAGGAAUUGUUGUCCAAGGACUAGCUGCUCGACCGUCUGCGCGAAAAGAAGCACACCAUGAAGCGUCUCUAUGCCGAGAGUUCGGAACGUGACGGAGACUCAUCGUUGUCCUAUUCGCACAGCUACAGCGAAAAGCAGCUGAGUGGCAGUCGCAGUCAUUCGCAUCGCCAUUCACACUCGCAUCCACACUCUUCGCACCAGCAACAGUUGCAGCACCACCAGCAGCAGCAUCAACAAGCGUUGCAAUCGCAACAAAACAGUCCGCCUGCCACAAAGCGUCUGGACAUGAGCAAGAAGAGCAUGUCGAGUCCAGCGGUGGGCGUUAGUGUGCCACAUGCCAUGCCCGAAUCGCCCAGCAUGGACAGCAAGCAGCUGCAGAGCAGCAGUUGCACCAUACAGACACCGCAGCAACAGCAACAACUGCAGCAGCAACAGCAACAGCCGCUGCCAGCUCCUCCUCAGGUGGCCAGCACAUCAACAGCAGCAGCAGCGGCAACCGCAGCAGCAACUGCAGCUGCAGCGGCGGCGGCAGCAGCACAGAAAGUCACAGCCUCUGAGAUGGCACAGGAUAAGAGCAUCACAUCGGAGCCAUCGGAGACAACCACAACGACGACCAGUGAAGAUGUGGUCACCACAUACAAGGAGACCAGUCAACUGAGUGCGGCCAACGGUGUUGCAACUGCCUCAAAUUCGGCAACGCCAGCCAAUGGCAAUUCAGCAGCAGCGGCCAAAUCAUCGUCGGCUGCUUCAUCAUCGUCGGCAGCAGCAGCAGCGGCGACGGCGUCGUCGUCAUCGACGCGCAAACCAUCGCAUGCUGAGCCACAGAGUCUGAGUCUCAGCCAGGGAGCGGAGGAUAAAUCGGAUGAGGCGAGCGAUGAGGAUGGCUGCAAUGGUUGCACAAAUCCGGUCAUCAAUAGUGCCGACAACAGUCAAGCGCUGGACGACAGCAUUGAGAGUCCAUCGCCAUCGCAUCGUCUCGCAGCUGCUGCAUUAGCGGGAACAGCGGCAGCCUCAUCAUCGAGCAAUGGCCGAGGACAGCUGAAGGUGGAGUCAUCGGAUGUCUAUCAAAUUGUCGAUGCGCUGCGUCGGAAAACGAAUCUCAGUUUCGAUUUGUCGUGCGAGGCAUUGCGUGUUACGUUGACCAGCCUGGAUCAGUUGAACAAUGGCGCCAUCAAUCCGUAUCUGGAGGCAGUUGCUGUCCAUGUUACCGGCAAAGUGCCGACGCCCAAGGAGCUGCUGGGCAUCACACACGAUGCGAAGCGUUUGCAGUAGCAAUCAUUAAAGCAUAAAAUGUUGUAGCUCUUAGCUUUUGUUUGUCAAUAAAUUCUGAACAUCCCUUCUCUGCGAUUCUCAAA